AGUGUAGCAUGGAGAUAAAGUGUUGUUCUUAAAAAACUGAUAAGGAGAUACAACAAGUGAUAUACAUACAUAUAUAUGAACUAAGACUUCUGUCUUCUAUAAUACAUAUACAUAAAUAUUUAGCAAUUAUCAGCUUUUACAAAACGACGCCCAACUAAUAAAGCGCCUAUAUAAUGUUUUAAUAAACACUCUCUUAUUCUCAAAAGCUGUUAGUUGCAGUUUCAUCUCACUCAUAAGCUUAUAUAUAGGGCAGGUCACUUCUCAAAAGUUGCUAGUUGUGGUUCCAUUUCACUUGGAAGCGCAUAUAUAUCACGGUUUGCGAAAUCAUAGAAAACCCAUAAAUAAUAACUUGCCUGUAAUCCUAUAUUUCUAUAUAUAUUUAAAAAAAAAAAGAUCGAAAUGGCUAAUCCAGACUUGAACCGGCGUGUCCUCUCCAUACAAAGUCACGUGGUACACGGUUAUGUUGGGAAUAAAAGUGCGACAUUUCCGUUACAGAUAUUAGGUUUUGAAGUUGACGCCAUAAACUCUGUGCAAUUGUCCAAUCACACUGGUUACAAAACAAUCAAAGGGCAGGUAUUGCAAGAAAAGGAACUUGCUGAACUCUUUGAAGGAUUGGAGGCCAACAACUUGCUACAAUGCUACUCGCAUUUACUAACGGGUUAUACUGGUAAUGGGUCUUUUCUAAAACGUAUUUCUUAUAUUGUAAAAAAACUCCGUGAAAUCAAUCCUCAUUUAAUAUAUGUCUGUGAUCCUGUCAUGGGUGAUAACGGCAAAAUGUAUGUACCUGAAGAUUUACUACCCAUAUAUCGCGAUGAAAUUAUACCACUUGCUGAUAUAAUAACACCAAACCAAUAUGAAGUAGAAUUACUAACGGAAAAAAAGAUUACCACCGAGGCUGAUGUUUGGUCGGCGGUGCAAUGGUUUCAUGAACGUGGCAUUGAUACAGUGGUGAUUUCUAGCAGUGAACUGGGGCAAGCAAAAGAGUUACGUGCUUUCUUAAGCAAGGAAAAUGGCAAUCGCUAUAUAAUAAAUAUUCCGCGCCAAGGAAACGGCAUAUCAUUCACAGGUACUGGAGACCUCUUCGCCUCACUCUUCUUAGCGCACAGUCAUGCCACGAAAGAUUUGGGCGUCGCUUUUGAAAAUACGAUAGCUUCUCUUCAAGCUGUCAUAAAACGCACACUUGCAUCAAUGCCUGAGGAAGUUUUGAGCGGCCAACGUAAAGUAACUGCACAGGAGUGCGAACUUAAAUUGAUACAAAGUAAAAGCGUUAUCGAAAAUCCACUGGUAGUGCUAAAGGCACAACAAAUUAAAUAACCGAUGUGCCAUUUUUAGUUCGCCGAUUAUUUGAUUUGUUUACCGACACAAAGAACAAUAGCAUUCAAUCACUUUGGCGUUUAACUGGCAUUUUGUGUGUACACA